AAGAAGAACGGUGGCAUCGUGAUGCUGUCCUUGUCCGUGCGGGUGCUGCAGUGCAACCCGUUAGCCAACGUGUCUACUGUGGCAGAUCACUUCGACCACAUCAGGGCAGUCAUUGGAUGCAAGUUCAUCGGGAUUGGUGGAGAUUAUGACGGCGCUGGCCGGUGAUUCCCACAGGGCCUGGAGGACAUGUCCAUAUACCUGGUACUGAUAGAGGAGUUGUUGGGGCGUGGCUGGAGUGAGGAAGAGCUCUGGGGUGUGCUUUGAGGAAACGUGCGGCGGGUCUUCAGACAGGUGGAACAGGUGCUGCCCGCUGACUGCCGCCUCCUGGUACGGGAGGAGAACGAGGGACAGAGUCCCUUGGAGGAUGAGUUCCCAGAUGAGCAGCUGGGCAGCUCUUGCCGCUCCGUCCUCCCAUAUCUGCAUCAGAGAGAGGAUCUGGCUCCAGACCAGAAACUAACCAGAGCUGUG